AUGAAACUCAUCAUCAUCAUCCAUCCCUUAACCACCAUGAAACUCAUCACCAUCCAUCACUUAACCACCAUGAAGCUCAUCACUGUCCAUCACUUAACCACCAUGAAACUCAUCACCAUCCAUCACUUAACCACCAUGAAACUCAUCAUCAUCCAUCACUUAACCACCAUGAAGCUCAUCACCAUCCAUCACUUAACCACCAUGAAGCUCAUUAUCAUCAUCCAUCACUUAACCACCAUGAAACUCAUCAUCAUCCAUCCCUUAACCACCAUGAAGCUCAUCAUCAUCCAUCACUUAACCACCAUGAAGCUCAUCACCGUCAUCACUUAA